AUGUCCGCCAAUGAUCGUCGUGCUGUCAGCUACAACCUAGGCGGCGGUUCACGACCCCGCGUCGCUUCCAGUCGCGCUGAACACGAAUAUCGAUCGUCUCUACAGGACAAAGACAACAACAACACAAAAUCUCCACGGUUGCUGUCUGAAAAUAACAAAAUGGACCACCUCCGCGGAAGCACGCAGAGCGUAAGAGGGUUGCAUAGGGAAUCGAGCAGUGCGAUGGAUCGUCGAACGGAACGAACAACUAUAACUUCGCGCGAAAAAGUUCAUGUCAAGACGCGGAAUCCGGUUAGGGAGUCUCCGAAUGCAGGAAAUCGUGGGGAGUUUGAGAGAUCACGGUCGAAAAAGACGGCGUCGCCUCCUAGGAGGAGGGAUAGGGAAGUUGCAGAUGUAGUACCCUGGAUCCCUCAAGCUACUUUGAUCGCACAUUCCGCUGCUCCAUUGGCAAGUCGAAUCUCCGUCCCUCCUCUCGCAUCAACAUCACCGCAAUCCCUCGAGCCUAUAUCAUUCAAAGAACUGUCUAUGGAUGAGCAAGAGAAUGCCAUCUUACAGGACAUAUUGUUUGUGUUUAUGGGCUAUGAGGGUCAAUAUAUACGCUACCACUCAUCAUACGAUCCAUCCGUCGAAAAAGACAGAUUGGUUGGUCCGUCAUUUCAAAUUGGCCCUGGUCUAGAUCCCAGUUUGAAGGACCUGACAAUAUCGAUGUUGAAAAUGGCGACCCAUUACAGCGCCUUGGAGGCUUUUAUCAAUGUGCUCAGUCGGCCGGAAUAUGGAGCUGUCAGUCACGCUCUGUGUGCGGCUAUUCGAAAGCUUCUUAAAGAUUAUUUGAUUCUCAUAGCACAACUUGAGAAUCAGCUACUCAACAACCCGAAUUUUACUUUGCACGUCCUUCAUCUCCAGACUCUGCCUACGAGUCAGAGCUUGUCGCAAUUGCAUUCGCUAAGUCAAGAGCUGCUCAGACGGAACAAGCUUCUUGAUCAGGAUCUGGACGAGUCGAUCGAUGACUUUGACGAUGUUGACAAUAUUCUCGAGCAGCUCAAAGAAGGUGGUGAUCUAGUUCCCGGAAGCCUGUCUAGCAAAAAGAUUUGCAAAGGUGGAAAUGUUCUUGGACUUUUGACGGAGCGGUUAGCUACAUUUUCAGGAGACCCUGCAACAAAGACUUUGCUACAGACAUUGCUCCGAGAGGCUAGUAGGCCGUACAUGAUAAUGUUGAACGAAUGGCUACAUCAUGGCGAAAUCCGAGAUCCACAUGGUGAAUUCCUGAUCAAGGAACAGAAAUGGAUCAAGAGAGAAAAACUCGAAGAAGAUUACACAGAUGAAUACUGGGAGAAGCGAUACACAAUCCGCGACAAUGAGGUGCCUCCCCAGCUGGAAAGCGUUCGGGAUAAAGUGUUACUUGCUGGGAAGUACCUAAAUGUUGUCCGAGAAUGCGGAGGUGUUGACGUCAACAAGGCAGUCAAGGACGUCCCCAAAACGUUUGACGAUCCUCGAUUUCUAGACAACGUGAAUAGUGCAUAUGCCUACGCCAACACGUCUCUAUUGAAUCUUCUCCUUUCCGAAAACUCACUUACGACACGCUUCCGCUCAUUGAAACACUACUUCUUCCUCGACAGAUCGGACUUUUUCUCUUAUUUUAUGGAACUCAGUGCCUCGGAACUACGAAAACCCGCUAAGGCCGUCAAUGAGAGUAAACUCCAGUCUCUGCUAGAUCUGGUACUUCGCCAACCAGGAAGUAUCGCUGCUUCAGACCCGUUCAAGGAAGACGUCAAAGUGAAAAUGAACAAGAUCGGGUUGACUCGGUGGUUGAUGCAGGUUGUCAGCGUCUCCGGUAUUGAUCAAGACAACCCCGACGGCGGACUUGAGAAAUACCAAACCCCAACCACCCAACUAGCCGAAGACGAAAAAGAUAUAAUUGGAUUCGACGCGCUUGAGCUCGACUACCUCGUUCCAUUCCCACUGUCUCUGGUGAUCAGCCGAAAAACCGUGCUAAGAUACCAGCUUAUAUUCCGCUACCUCCUUUCCCUACGACAUCUCGAAAACCUCCUCGUAACAUCCUGGCAAGAUCAACAAAAAACCCUCGGAUGGCGCCACAAAUCAUCCGACCGAAGACUGGAAAUGUGGAAACGACGAGCAUGGACAUUACGCGCCAAAAUGUUGGUUUUCAUUCAACAACUUUUGUAUUUCUGUACCGCUGAAGUCAUCGAGCCCAAUUGGCAGAGUCUGAUGGAACGAGUUAAUGGUACCGCCUCUGGUACUCAAAGUAGUGCACUAUUACCGACAGAUGAAGUUGAUGGAUCGAAACAGGUUAAUCGGACUGUUGAUGAGUUGAUGCAGGACCAUGUUGAUUUUCUGGAUACAUGUCUAAAAGAGUGUAUGCUUACUCAGGCUAAGCUUUUAAAGAUACACUCCAAACUAAUGACAUGUUGCACAAUGUUCGCCUCCUGGACCGCCGCUUCCCUAGCUCGAAGCAUGUCCACCGCAGACCCAGAUCUGUCUGCUGGAGCGUCCGGAGCCCCUGCUGAUGCGCGUCCGUACGAUGCAACGCGAUUAGCGAAACUGGAGGAUACGCUGAAGCGAUACGAAGAUCAUUUCAACCGUCAUUUGCGGAUCUUGCUAGAUAGUCUGAAUUACUUUGCGGCGACGGAGAGUGUUGUGCUGCUCAAGCUAGCGCAUUCGUUGAGUUCUAUUGGGAAGGAUGAUGAGUCAUGA